ACGACACGCAUAUUUUUCCUUAUGCGCGUCCCUUAUUUGUAGCGCAUUGCGAGAAAGAGGGCGCAUUCGCCGCGGCAGUGGAGGCGCCUACACCCAUCGCGAGAACAACUCAUUUGUAACUACGCUAGAAAAUUUUACAUACGAAGGAGAGAGAUCGAAGUAUGGAAAGAGAGAAAGUUCGCGAGAGAGACAUGGAUCUGAGUAGGAAUAAGGCAAGAGAUCGCGGUCGAGAUAAGGUAACAGAUCAGGGUAGGGAAAGACAUCGGGAUCGGCACCACGAAGAGCAUCACAUAGAGAGAAGCUCUAAGAAUCUGAGAGGAAAAGAGGAAGGUGAUAAAUAUGAUUCCCGAAGGGGUCGUGAUUUCGACCGGCGGAAUCACAAUUAUGAAAGGGGUAGAAUGCGUAGACAUAGAUCACGGUCUCGUUCGAAGGAUAGGUUGGGAAAGCGAUUUCAAUCCCGCUCUCGUUCUCCUUCUAAAAGCAAAAGAGCAAGCGGCUUUGACAUGGGUCCUGCUGUUACCCCUGCGCUGCCUAGUGUUACAAUUACAGGACAAUCUCCUGUGAUUCCUCAAACUGUGGCUGGAGUUUUUCCAGCUAUCUCACCUCUUGCAGCACCUCAACAGUUUGCAGCGAUAUCAUUGCUACCAGCACAAGCAAUUAACCAGCAGGCAACGAGGCAUGCACGGCGUGUCUAUGUUGGAGGCCUUCCACCCAUGUCAAAUGAACAGACAAUUUCUGCAUUCUUCAGCCAGGUCAUGACUGCUAUUGGAGGAAACACUGCUGGACCAGGUGAUGCUGUUGUCAAUGUGUACAUCAACCAUGAAAAGAAGUUUGCUUUUGUUGAAAUGAGAUCAGUAGAAGAAGCAAGUAAUGCAAUGGCAUUAGAUGGAAUAGUAUUUGAGGGAGUUGCAGUGAGAGUUCGAAGACCUACCGACUACAACCCUUCUUUGGCAGCAACGCUUGGACCUAGCCAACCAAGUCCUCAUCUGAACUUAGCUGCCGUUGGCCUAACAUCGGGGGCAAUCAGUGGUGGCUCAGAGGGACCUGAUCGAAUAUUUGUUGGUGGUCUGCCUCACUUCUUCACAGAUUCACAGAUACGGGAGUUACUAGAAUCCUUCGGGCCUCUACGUGGAUUUGACGUAGUUAAAGAUAGGGAGACUGGGAAUUCCAAAGGUUAUGGUUUUUGUGUCUAUCAGGAUCCAGCGGUCACUGACAUUGCUUGUGCUGCACUUAAUGGCCUAAAAAUGGGUGACAGAACACUUACUGUACGCCGUGCUUCUGCUAGUAUGGGUCCCAUCAAACCGGAGCAAGAAUUGAUUUUGCAACAGGCGCAACAACAGAUAGCUAUGCAGAAAAUAGCUUUACAGAUCGGUGGGAGCCCACCUUUUCCAGGAUCAGGAGUGGUGCUUUCUGUAGCGCCUCCAACUAAAAUUGUCUGCUUGACUGAGGUGGUCUCUAUGGAUGAACUGAAAGAUGAUGAAGAAUAUGAAGAGAUAUUAGAAGAUAUGAGAGAGGAGAGUGGGAAGUUUGGUGCAUUGGUCAAUGUUGUUAUUCCUCGGCCUAGUCCGGCAGGAGAGAUGAUUCCUGGAAUUGGAAAAGUAUUUUUGGAGUAUGCGGAUGCCGCAGGCUCCGCUAGGGCAAAGGCGGCUCUUCACGGAAGGAAAUUUGGUGGAAACGUUGUUACCGCGACAUAUUAUCCUGAAGACAAGUUUCUAAAUGGAGAUUACGGGGCAGUAACGGUGGCUUAAACAAAACCCUAGCAGCCUCCAUGUUGUGCCUCUUCACUUGCCAUGUUUUUCUAGUUGUACGUUUAUCCGAAUCAAAACUACCUUACCAAAAGUUACUGCAAACAUGCUGGUGAUCCUUUGAAUUGCUCCUCUUCCAUUUGUGCUUAGGUAGCUUGCUUUUUCAUUUUGAUUAUUAAGAUGCAGCUACCCUUCUUUUCUUCUUUUUUCUUUUUCGUUUUUUUUCCCCCGUAGUAGUACACUUCUCUUGUAAACAUGUUAUCAUGUGUAAAUCGAAUACUUGGGGAAUGCUGUUUGGAACUUUUUCUAGAACUGGUGUUGUAUAGAAAAUAGAGAAGCAGGUUGGGAACUCGAGAAAACUAAUUGGGAAUCAAACCACAGACCUCUAGUUUUCAACU